AAUUCGACGCUACUGUCGGCUCCCCCGGAGACUUACUGGGGCCAGUUUGAAGAAAUUUCCAAAUACAAUACUCACUUGAAUGUACUCGAGAGGUUAUGGACAGCAUGGCUAUUCCAUCCUAUGGCUCAAUUCUUUGGCCUUUCAACAUCGGUUCCUUUCCCCACCUUUUGGACAAUGGCCUACCAAAUUGCAAUCUUCUUUGUGCUUGAGGAUACAUGGCACUACUUCUCGCACCGAGCACUUCAUUGGGGUCCCCUUUACAAGGCUAUUCACAAGAUCCACCACCAGUAUUCGGCCCCCUUUGGCAUGGCAGCUGAAUAUGCUUCUCCGAUCGAAGUUAUGAUUCUCGGUUUCGGUACUGUUGGCUGCCCGAUCCUCUGGUGUGCAGUAACCGGUGACCUCCACAUUUUCACCAUGUACGUUUGGAUUGUACUGCGGCUGUUCCAAGCUAUCGACGCUCACAGCGGCUACGAGUUCCCUUGGAGUCUCCAUCAUUUCCUGCCAUUCUGGGCGGGCGCUGACCACCAUGAUCUUCACCACGAGAAAUUCGUCGGUAACUAUUCUAGCAGCUUCAGAUGGUGGGAUUAUGUUCUGGAUACCGAGUACAGCCCAGAAGCCAUUAAACGACGGAGGGAGAACAAGGCUGCAGGAGAUGCCAGGAAGGACCAGUAG